AUGCCACUGCCACCACCACUGCCACCAUUACCUACUAUCACCGCCAAACACCCAUCACCUCAACUACCACCUACCGCUACUACCACCCAUUUACCGGCACCUGCCACAACUACCACCUACCACCACCUACCACCACCACAACUUGCCACCGCUACCACUACUGUCACUGCCACAACUACCACCGCCACCACCUACAACCGCCACCAACUACCGUCACCGCCACCAAUAGCACCACAACCACCGCCACUAUCACUACCAUCAUCAGACACUGACCCCGCUACUAUCACUCACCACCACCACCUACUAUCACCAUCAUAA